AUGGUGUCUCUCAGACACAACAUAUCCUUUCUCAUUCUCUUAUUCAUUGCCGUCCUUGCCCUCUCCUUCGCUUGCAACUGUAGCCCUCCUAGACCAUCACCGGAUCCUCACAACCCGCAGAAACAUCCCGUUAAACUGCCUCAGCCACCCAUGAAAUGGCCAACCAUUAAACCAUCGACCCACAAGCCUCCACCUGUGGUAACGUCGCCAACACCGUGCCCACCACCAACACCAACUUCACCUGUCGUUACGCCGCCAACACCAGACCCACAUGUUGUAACACCGCCAAUACCAAUACCACCAGAACCAGAGACAUGCCCAAUCGACACGCUGAAACUAGGAGCUUGUGUGGACAUGCUUGGAGGUUGUAUUCACAUGGGGGUUGGAAAAAUCCAGGCUAAGGAAACGUGUUGCCCUGUCUUGGGAGGUUUAUUUAGCAUGGACGCAGCCAUAUGCCUAUGUAUCACCAUUGAAGCCAAAUUUUUGAACAUUGACCUCAUCAUUCCCAUUGCUAUUGAGAUUCUUCUCGACUGUGGAAGGCCUCCACCACCUGGCUUCAAAUGUCCCAUUUGA